AUGGCUCAAGACAGCCCUCAAGAUUAUGUAAGGGUUCACAAUGAAGCACGAGCAGUGGUAGGCCUAGGCCCUGUACAGUGGGACGAAACGGUUGCAGCCUUCGCUCAGAGCUACGCAGACCAACGAAGAGGCGACUGUAACCUAGUACACUCCGGUGGGCCUUACGGAGAGAACUUGGCCAGGAGUAGCGGCGACUUAUCUGGCAUCAACGCCGUGAACCUGUGGGUUGACGAGAAGGCCUACUACGACUACCCUUCUAACACGUGCAACGGAGUUUGCGGUCACUACACUCAGGUUGUUUGGAGAAACUCAGUGAGCCUCGGAUGUGGCAAAGUAAGGUGUGACAAUGGUGGAACCAUCAUCGUUUGCAACUAUAAUCCUCCGGGCAAUUAUGUGAACGAGAAGCCUUACUAA